UUUGGAAACUCCUCUCCUUUAAAAAAAAACAACAAUAUAUAUACACAAGGAAAGGAAACACACAUUUUGGAAAGUCCUUUGGAGAGAGCGCACGCGCUGCUUGUGGAUUUAAUGGACUGGCCGGACUCAAUAAUAGAGGACACGUAAACAGGUAUAAAUAAACGGCAGCUGUUGCUACAUUCAACACAAGCUUUGUUCAUCAUCUUAAGAGGGCCUCUAACAAGGCUGGUUCUGAAUUGAUAUUUGAAGUUGGAACCUUUUCAUUGUUGACUAUCUGGAGGAAGCAUCAAAAUUCUUAAAUGUCAUCGGGAAAGGGACAGCUGUUGUCACCCUGUGCUGAGAAGAAGCUGUGAGGCGACUGGCAAACUGUUUAAGGGAUUCAUUUCUGAGGGACUCUGCUUCCAAAGCGAGUGAGCUAUGCCUUUCAGGCUGAAACUAAGGAGGACCAGACGCUACAACGUCCUGAGCAAGAACUGUUUUGUGACUCGCAUCAGAUUGCUGGACAACAAUGUCAUCGAGUGCACGCUGUCUGUGGAGGGCACGGGGCAGGAAUGCUUGGAAGCCGUGGCUCAGCGCUUGGAACUGCGUGAGACACACUAUUUUGGACUUUGGUUUCUCAGUAAAACUCAGCAAGGACGAUGGGUGGAGCUAGAAAAGGCCCUGAAGAAACAACUGGACAAAUUUGCCAAUGAGCCCCUCCUUUUCUUUGGAGUGAUGUUCUACGUACCCAGUGUGUCAAGACUACAGCAAGAAGUCACAAGGUAUCAGUAUUACCUUCAAGUUAAGAAAGAUGUACUCGAUGGACGUCUACCCUGUACAUUGGAGCAAGGAAUCAGGCUAGCUGGUUUAGCUGUGCAAGCUGAUUUUGGAGAUUAUGGGCAGCAUGAGUCUCAGGAAUUCCUCAGGGAAUACGUCUUGUUCCCAAUGGACUGGGCUCAGGAUGAACGCAUGUUAGAGGAAAUGACGAGGAAGGUAGCAAUGCAACACCAGGCCUACAGUGGGAUGCCACCUGCAGAAGCUGAAUUGAUGUAUAUUAAGGAAGUGGAACAGCUGGAAGGCUUUGGGCAAGAAAGCUUUCCGGCCAAGGACAACAUUGGAAAUGACGCUUUCAUUGGCAUUUCCUUUGUGGGAAUAUUUGUAAAGCACAGGAAUGGAAGACCAACUAUAACAUACAAAUGGAACGAAGUUGGAAAUAUUACACACAACAAGUCUUCAAUUAAUGUAGAAUUAACAAGCAAAGAAGAAACUGUUUUGUUUCACACGGAUGAUAUGGAAAUGGCAAAAUAUAUCUCACGGUUGUUCACAGCAAGGCACAAAUUUUAUAAACAAAACAAAAUCUGCACAGAACAAACACAGUCACGCUCCCCCACACCUAUUAGGAGACCACCCACAUGGAGCAGAUCAUCUUUGUCAGGGCAACAACAGCCUUUUAUACUGCCAACUAUGCACAUCCAGUAUGGAGAUUAUCCUGAAACAAACACCUCACAAGAUAGUAUUUACCAUGGCAAUGAGGAAGGGUUCUACUACCGAUCUCAGACCAGCUUGGACAGAUGUCCAAUGGAAUAUAAUUACAUGAAUGGAACUGUGCCAAAUGGCAGUGUGUACAGUGCUCCUAGUAUGAACUCGUUAAAUCAUUCACAAAACUUUGUCCAGGCAUCUCCAAUGUCCUCUAAUCUCAGCAUCCCCGGAAGUGACAUCAUGCGCCCAGACUACAUCCCCAGCCAUAGGCACAGUGCUAUCAUUGUGCCCUCAUAUCGGCCCACACCUGACUACGAGACUGUGAUGAGGCAAAUGAAACGAGGCGUCAUUCAUAUGGAUUGUCAAAGCCAGUCACUGAGGAACCUUAAUAUUGGGAACACUCAUGCCUACAACCAGCCCGAGGCUAUGGUUUACAGUCAGCCAGAGAUCCGGGAUAAGUAUCCCACUCGUUAUGGGUCAAAGCACAGUUACAAAAAGCCUAUGGCACCGUGUGCCCAACCGAGUGCCCACCAACCUGCACCCAGCAGGACUGCCAACAGUGCAAUCUCCCACACGGUGAGCACCCCCGAGCUUGCCAAUAUGCAAUUGCAGAGUACACAGAAUUACAGCACCACCCACAUGUUGAGAAACCACUUUUGCAGACCGCCCCCUCCGUACCCACGUCCCCGGCCCGCCACCAGCACGCCAGACCUCGCCAGCCACCGCCACAAGUACGUGAGUGGAAGCAGUCCUGACUUGGUCAGUCGGAGAGUCCAGCUCUUUGUGAAGACCUUCCAAGAGGAUAGUUCGCCUGUGGUUCACCAGUCCUUGCAAGAGGUCAGCGAGCCCCUCACAACGGCCAAACACCAUGCGGCCGUUAACAAACGGCACAGCCUGGAGGUAAUCAGCAGCAUGGUACGCGGUAUGGAGGCCAUGGCGUUGAAGACUUUGAGCGCUUCGGUCCCACAGCGGAGGAAUACCAUGCGUGAUCAACGCCGCCACGAGGACCAGGUGCAGGAGGUUCAGCAGCAACCUCCGUAUCAUCACAAGAAGACGCUGUCCGACGCCACGAUGCUAAUUCACAGCAGUGAGAGCGAAGAAGAAGAGGAGACUCCCGAUUAUGAUGUUCAAAUCCCAGCAUUUAAUGACACUAUGGGCUACAGAGCCCAGCUGCAGGCAGCACUGGCCAAAAUACCAAACAAGCCUCCCCCUGAAUAUCCAGGAAACAAAAAGAGUAUCAGCAAUGGAGCUUUAAGACAAGAACGAGAUAGAAGUGCAGAACUUAUAGUCAGGACCAAACUACCAGGUCCCGAACAUGAUGCUUUCUCAAGAAAUGAACAAAUGCUGCUCAAUGGGUCUUCCCUUGGGCCAUCUAUUUCCGAGCCUGACCUGACGAGUGUAAAAGAGCGGGUCAAAAAGGAGCCGGUCAAGGAAAGACCCGUGUCUGAGCUUUUUUCUACUGAAGAUAGCAUUGUGGAAAGAGAAAUCAUGCUGAGGAAUUUAGAAAAGCAGAAACUGGCAGCAGCAGCGGAAGCCCAGAAGAUAGGGCCACUCAAAUGGGCUGCCCUCAAUGGUCUAUCGAUGGCCAGAGUUCCAGUACCUGAGGAUAGUCAAGAUGAUACUUCGAAGGUGCCGAUGGAUGAAAGGUGUAAGAUGCUGGAAAGAAAGCUGGAGGAAGACAUGGUGUUCACAGAGUACGAGCAGAUCCCAAAGAAGAUGGUGGAUGGUGUUUUCACCACAGCAAUUCUUCCAGAAAAUGCAGAACGGAAUCGUUUCAGGGAUGUUGUUCCCUAUGAGCAGAACAGGGUGGAACUUGUGCCAACCAAAGAAAAUAAUACUGGCUAUGUAAAUGCCUCUCACAUCAAGGUUACGGUGGCUGGAGAAGACUGGCAUUAUAUUGCUACCCAGGGACCCUUGCCUCAUACAUGCCAUGACUUCUGGCAGAUGGUGUGGGAGCAAGGAGUGAAUGUUAUUGUCAUGGUUACAGCAGAAGAGGAGGGAGGAAAACCAAAGACCCAUCGAUACUGGCCCAAACUGGGCUCCAAGCACAGCUCAGCAACGUACGGGAAAUUCAAGGUGACAACCAAAUUCCGCACAGAUUCUGGUUGCUAUGCAACUACGGGUUUAAAGGUCAAGCACCUGUUGUCCGGGCAGGAGAGGACCGUGUGGCAUCUGCAGUACACAGACUGGCCAGACCACGGCUGUCCAGAAGACGUUCAGGGUUUUCUGUCUUAUCUAGAAGAAAUUCAGUCAGUUCGUCGGCACACCAAUAGCAUGCUCGACUCUACCAAAAGCUGCAACCCACCAAUAGUCGUGCAUUGCAGUGCAGGAGCUGGAAGGACAGGGGUGGUGAUACUAACGGAAGUCAUGGUCGGUUGCUUGGAGCAUAAUGAGAAGCUGGAAGUGCCUGUUAUGUUGGGAUUUCUCCGUCAACAGCGGAUGUUGAUGGUACAGACUAUAGCCCAAUACAGGUUUGUCUACCAAGUCCUCAUACAGUUCCUGAAGAACUCUCGGCUAAUUUAGCUGCAAAUUCAUACUUUGCAUUUGAACCACCUUAACAUUUAGCAGUGGAAAUGGAGCGAGCUCUUUCUUAAAAUUAAUCAGGUCAGCGUGGCAAGUCUGUUGUCCUUGGGUACUUUGACUUCUGUAAACCAUACUUUGGAUCUGUUGCAAUUCUUACUAGCUUCAAAUAAGAUUGAGGCAGCUAUUGAAACCUGCCUUAAAUCUUGAAUUAUUGAAUAAGCUAACAGGAAAGAGAAUUUUCAGUGGACCGUGCAGGGAAAAUGUCAAGCUUCUUUAGUAGUUACUGCACUGGAAUAAUAAUUUCCAGUAAAAAAAAACAGAGCACUGUCCACCACCGUCCAGUGGUUUUAUUGUCAUAUGUUCCAAAAUGGAACAAUGCAAUUCUUACUUGCAGAAGAAGGGUCUCGACCCGAAACGUUAUCCAUUCCUUCUCUCCAGAGAUGCUGCCUGUCCUGCUGAGUUACUCCAGCAUUUUGUGUCUACCUUCGAUUUAAACCAGCAUCUGCAGUUUUUCCCUUACCCUUUCCUCCACAGCCCUGUAUACAGAGGAGGUAACAUCUGUUUUAAAAGCCAUUUUGCUUGUGUGUUGCUAGUGGUUUUCAUGCCCUCUAUCUUAGAAAUAGAAUUUGCAAAUUGAAGUAAACACACCAUAAAAUCAAUCUCCAACCAAUACAGAGCCCUGCACGCAGUCCUUAAUGAGCUGGGUCAUCCAGCACUGAAAGCCUCCACAGAAUUAUGUCCUAGUAUAGUUUGCCUUUGACCUUAACACAUUUUGGAAACUGCCAUUAAUAGCAAAACAUUGCCACAUUUAUCAUCAGAAACUCCAAAUACUAUCCAGGGUUUAGUCUGGUGAGAUUUAAUUUCAAUUUUUAUAAGUGUAGUUAACAGCAGGCGAUUCUAGAUGUGACCAUUUUUUUGGCAGGAUAUUGUUAACGGCUUUGACGGAUCUAUGUGUCCAAAAUAAUGCUGUUCUGGGAAAAUUAAACAUACACUCUUACUCUAAUUUUAAACUUCUGUCAAGUACUGUUCAGACGUGCUUGUUUUGAUGGCUGACCUGCUGUGCCUUUGCAAGCUCUUUCCACUGACUAAUAUGAUUGACUGAUCUUAAUCUGUAUAUUUAUAUAAUUUAAUAGAUUGGGAUAAAACCCAAUCUGAAUUUUUAAUAUGCUAAUAUCUGUACUGUCACAGUAUUUUUGGUUUGUUCGUUAUUGGUCGAGUCUCAAUUCUGGAGGUCACAUGCUGUUUAACGGUGAUCCAUAUAGAUUGUCAAAAGUUUGCCAUAAGCAGAAUCGCUGCAAUGCAUCUUGCAUUGUUUGGAAAUGCUGAAUGUUUGUUUAAAAAAAAAACCGAUGAGCAAUGUUUGGUUUUGAUUUUAAGAUCUGUUACAAUCAGUGAUCAAGCAGCAGCAGAUUUAUUUUACAGUUAAAAUACAUUUAAAUGUACAGAUGUUAUUCCUCCAUGAAGCUCACUGGGACUAGUUCUAGGAACUAUAUAAUUUAUAUAUAUAUAUGCAUUUAUCACUCUAGGUUUGAGGUGCAACCAGAAUCCUUUCCCAUUGCACAAAUAGUUGGCUUGGAUUUCAACAGGCCAAUCACUUUCUAGGCUAUUUGAAUGCAAUUGGAAAGUUUGGACUGCAUGGUUAUCUGGGUACCAUUGCCAAAAAUUAGAAUCUUCAUCCCAAAAGUAAACUCUGGAAAUGUUACAUUAGUUUCAUUUGAAAAACUGUAAUAUAGCCUUAACAUUUUCAAUCAUUCAAUAAUAGAAUUGCAAGGCACAAAGACAAUGUUGCCCCACUGGUGCAAGAAUAAAAUGGUUCCCAUCUGUGGGAAAGUAAGGAUGAACUACUUACAGAAACUUCCCUCAUUGUAACUAUAUAUGUGUUGUUUUAUCAUCAUGCAACACCCCAAAAAAUGGCACAAAUAUGUGCUGGACAUAGUCCAGAAAGUCAAUUUUUAAGUUUUUCAAUUUCACUUCACAAUUCCAUAUAUAUCACUUAAUUCUGGCCAGUUUUUAAUUUACCUCCCAACCAAAAUGUAAAAUGCAUCUUGUUUGUACAAGAAUAGCCAGAUCCUCCUGACCUCGUUUCACUUCCCUCUACUCCUCCCCCCAGACUCCAAUGAUAUGGUUUCAGCAGUAGUAAGGGAACGGCCACAGUGAGUCAUCUCCCCACCUGUAAAAACUAACAGCUGGCAGAGACAUUUAAACAAAAUUUAAAAUGGGUAACAUAAAUACCAAUUUUAAAAGAUUAGCAAAAGCAACUUACCUUUCACUGCCUUUUGGUCCAUGGCUACACAGUUCCCAUUGAAAACACUGAAGUCUUGGAUCCUGUGCCUGGUCUAACCCAGUGCAGAAUUCAAGAGACAAUCACCACCUGUCAGCAAGUCAAGGCUUGCACAUUUGACACACCAUGCACCAAAGUCUCAGGCUUACUGCCGAAUGCUAGUCAUUUCGAUUGGAACUAGCAAGAUCCAGGCCAACAUUUUUGAUGCAUCUGACAAGAAAAUACCAAGCUUGGACAAUUAUAUCCUUGGCUUUUAAUACUGGAAAAGUGGUUUCUUUGGACAGAAAAGUACAGUGUUAUUCUUAGCUACUGACACCCCAAUAUUAGUUUUUAAUAUGUUCAAUCAGUAGUGAUAUUAUUUGUUCUUCAUGCCAAUGUACAUGACUUGCAGAUCUUUGCUCCACAGGCUUUAACCAGAUUGUUUACCCAUUCAAUCUAUGACAUGCAACUAUUUUUUAAAGCAUGUUUCCAUGGAUUGGUACUUGCAGCUGUUCAAAACCAUUUGGAACAUGCAGCAUCUUUAAUAUUUAAAAAAAAAAGCUCAUUAUAAAUAUAGAAAAUAGAUGCAGGAGGAGGCCAUUCGGCCCUUCGAGCCAGCACCGCCAUUCAUUGUGAUCAUGGCUGAUCAUCCCCAAUCAAUAACCCGUGCCUGCCUUCUCCCCAUAUCCCUUGACUCCCCUAGCCCCUAGAGCUCUAUCUACCUCUCUCUUAAAUCCAUCCAGUGAUUUGGCCUCCACUGCCUUCUGUGGCAGGGAAUUCCACAAAUUCACAACUCUCUAAAGACAUCUAAAUGACAUCUCUUAUAAAGACAUCCCUCCAAUCUCAGUUGAUACAAGAUCUUCUGCGAUUACCAAUUUAUUGAAUGCAUUAUGACAUGCCCUGGUCAGUGCACCACGAUUGCAACACGGGGCAAAAGAUUCAUAUUCCAGCAAUAGAGCUGAUAAUUUUUAUAUUGUAUAAUUUAUUGCCACUCCUCUAUUGUCAUAGUACUUAAAUAUUCAGAAAGCUGCAGAAGUAGAAACAGUGAAACAGCAGUAAACGUGCCCGUUUUUUCAGUGGCACAUGUUCCACCUACGAAACAAGUUGAAGCAUAUGGAGCAAAACUUCACAGCUGGAGAGUAGUACAAUGGACAGGCUUUAGUUUUGGAAAACAUAAGUGUACAAAGUGUUUCUUAUACUAAUUUCAUGAAAAGGGUUUGGCCCUUUAAAUGCAACUUUAAGAAAUGUAAGUGUAUAGACUCAUGUCCACAAUGACAUUCAACAAUGGUCUUAAUACAUUAAGUGAAAGAGUCUUAUGUUAUGGUUAUCCUUUCUUCCUCUCAAACUAACAGUGCAUGCUUUUUAACAUCAGGUUUAUGUAUAUUCAGUGUAUAAGUUUUAUUAUUUCUCUGGUGCAAAACUGUGAUACAACAUGACAGUAUUUUACAUUGACUAUUGUUUCCUCUGUUUGGAUACGGAACCAUUCAGCAUUGCUUCAUGAGACAAAUAAGAGCAAAUUUUUCUGACAUGUAAAUAAUUUUGUAUAUGCUUUGUGACUUUCCUUAUUCAUGAAUGUACCAAACAUUUUGUAAAAGAUAAUUCUCUAUCAUUCAUAUACACAAUAAAGCAUUUUUGCAAGAA